UCACACUGCAGACUUGAAGACCACAGUACAACAUGGACUAGCACCCACCAGGGCUCCUCCCGAGGGACAAGGUCUUUAUUGGGUGUGUUUGAAGAAGAUGCUGCAGCUAUUUCCAACUAUAUGAACCAACUGUAUCAAGCCAUGCAUCGGAUUUAUGAUGCACAGAAUGAGCUAAGUGCAGCAACACACCUGACUUCAAAACUUCUAAAAGAAUAUGAAAAACAGCGUUUUCCACUGGGGGGUGAUGAUGAAGUCAUGAGCUCCACUUUGCAACAGUUUUCAAAAGUUAUCGAUGAGCUCAGCUCUUGUCAUGCUGUACUUUCAACUCAGCUUGCUGAUGCCAUGAUGUUCCCCAUUACUCAGUUUAAAGAAAGAGAUCUGAAAGAAAUACUGACAUUAAAGGAAGUGUUUCAAAUUGCUAGUAAUGAUCAUGAUGCUGCGAUUAACAGAUACAGCCGAUUGUCCAAAAAAAGAGAAAAUGACAAGAUGAAAUACGAAUUAACUGAAGAUGUGUACACUUCCAGAAAAAAGCAACACCAGACCAUGAUGCAUUAUUUUUGUGCAUUAAACACUCUUCAGUACAAGAAGAAGAUAGCAUUGCUGGAGCCUCUACUUGGGUACAUGCAAGCGCAGAUAAGUUUCUUUAAGAUGGGCUCUGAAAAUCUCAAUGAACAGCUAGAAGACUUUUUAACUAAUAUUGGAACAAGUGUACAGAAUGUUCGCAGGGAAAUGGACAGCGAUGUGGAGACUAUGCAGCAGACCAUUGAGGAUUUGGAAGUAGCUAGUGACCCGUUGUAUAUACCUGACCCAGAUCCCACCAAAUUCCCUGUUAAUCGAAACUUAACCCGAAAGGCUGGGUACUUGAAUGCUAGAAAUAAAACAGGCUUGGUGUCAUCGACCUGGGACAGACAGUUCUAUUUCACACAAGGUGGGAACUUAAUGAGUCAGGCCCGAGGAGAUGUGGCAGGUGGCCUGGCCAUGGACAUAGACAACUCUUCAGUGAUGGCCGUGGAUUGUGAAGACAGGCGAUACUGUUUUCAGAUCACCUCUUUUGAUGGAAAAAAAUCUUCAAUUUUGCAAGCAGAGAGUAAAAAGGACCACGAAGAGUGGAUCUGUACAAUAAACAACAUAUCUAAGCAAAUAUAUUUAAGUGAAAAUCCAGAGGAAACUGCUGCCCGAGUGAAUCAGUCUGCCCUGGAAGCUGUCACCCCUUCCCCAUCUUUCCAGCAGAGACACGAGAGCCUGCGGCCAGCAGGGCAAUCGCGGCCCCCGGCAGCUCGGACCAGCAGUUCGGGAUCUUUAGGAUCUGAGUCCACGAGUUUGGCUGCCCUCUCUCUAGAUUCCCUUGUGGCCCCAGACACCCCCAUACAGUUUGACAUCAUUUCUCCAGUGUGUGAAGAUCAGCCUGGCCAGGUGAAAGCGUCUGGCCAGGGAAGCAGGCGUACAAAUCCAUUUGGAGAAUCUGGAGGUGGAGGAACAAAAUCGGAAACUGAAGACUCUAUUCUUCAUCAGUUGUUUAUUGUCCGAUUCCUGGGUUCCAUGGAGGUGAGAUCAGAUGACAGUCCAGAUGUUGUUUAUGAAACAAUGCGCCAGAUCUUAGCUGCCCGGGCCAUCCACAACAUCUUCCGGAUGACAGAGUCGCACUUGUUAGUUACUUGUGACUGUUUAAAGCUAAUUGAUCCACAGACACAAGUAACAAGACUUACGUUUCCAUUACCCAGUGUAGUUUUGUAUGCUACACACCAGGAAAACAAGCGGCUCUUCGGAUUUGUGCUGCGGAUGUCAGGAGGGAGAAGUGAGAGUAACCUGUCAUCGAUCUGUUAUAUAUUUGAAUCAAACAACGAAGGGGAAAAGAUCUGUGAUUCUGUUGGACUGGCAAAGCAGAUAGCCUUGCAUGCUGAACUGAGUCGUCGAACGUCAGACAAGCAAAAGGAAAUGGAGAGAGUGAAAGAGAAGCAACAGAAGGAGCUCAGUAAACAAAAGCAAAUCGAGAAGGACUUAGAAGAACAAAGCCGGUUGAUAGCUGCUUCCAGUAGACCAAACCAAGCCAGUAAUGAGGGGCAGUUUGUUGUCCUGAGCAGUAGCCAGUCAGAAGAGAGUGAUUUGGGAGAAGAUGGAAAGAAGAGAGAGUCAGAAGCAUAAACUCACUCUUGCUUUGUGGUUGACACCCUCACCGCACACCCCCUCCCCUCCCCUGCCCCGGGAUGUAGUGACAAUUUCUGUGGUGAAAUGGCACAAGGUAACAACUAUGUUGAAAUAACGAGACUAAGCUGUAUAUUUGCUUAUUGGUUUUAGCUUUAUCUUUUACAAUUAGAUUGAACUUGUGAUUUAGGUUUGUAUUGAUUGCUUUCCCCCCUUCAAAAUGACACACUAUGCAGUAGUAACACCAAAUUCCACAUGCCCAAAAGAAACCCUCUCAUCCCCCUCAGGUAGACUGCUGAGGAAUUAUACUUGCUCAAAGCAUUUCCCUUCAAAUUGUGAACUUUUGUCGUGUUUUGAAUUGGCUGUGGCCACACAAGAUCCAAUCGGCCGUGGCUUCCGACCUUGACAUCCUCGGGUCUGGUGUGCCCCCUCUGUCUCACGAGUAACAUUUUGCUGGUAGUGAGGGAGAGGAAGCUUUUGAAAGGAGGGCUGCAGAGUUUCAAAACCCUUUAUAUAGAGAAUUCUACACGUUUGCAAAUAUUUUAACAAUAGUACCUGUGCAAUAGAACUUUUAUAAAUAAUUAAGAGCAGCGAGUUUAGACUUAAGGUUUCAAAAUGGUGACAGGUGGUUACUGUUGACUUCAGGGCAAUUUCUUGGCUUGCUAACAUCCCCCCUUUGAUGUGCAUGAGUUAUGCCCUGAUGCCAAGGGGAAAAUGCUGAGGGAGCCCAGCUCACAACUGCUGCCGUCCUGGGCGCUUUAUCAUGUUCUUAGUUCUCAGGUUGGAACUGGAGUCAUUGCUGCAGAGCAGUAUAAUGGUUAAAAUAAGAUUUUGGAAUUUAUUAAAAGGGACAUUUUCGUUGUUCAAAUACAUCUUAGAUUAGUAUUUAGAGAUAAAGAUAAUUGUUACAGGAUGAUACACUAUAUUUUAUGCAUUGCAUGAAAUAAUUUUUAUUGAAAGCAACCUUUCAAAGAUGUUCUCAACCAAUUAUGUUUCCUUGCCUAAAGUAACAAGUCCCAGAGUUUAGAAACUAUAAUCUUUUAAAUUCCAGACUGAUACUCCCAGUAUUUUCAUAAUACCAAAUCACCACUUUAUAUCCACAAGGACAAAUAGUUCAUGUAGAAAGAUGGAAUAAUUUGCACUAAUUAUUUUUAGCUACUUCUGUGCUUUAAAUAAAUAAAAGGUUUACUUCUAUGGAAGGUUGAAAAGAAAUUGAAUGCCUGGUCUAAUAGAAGAGAGUUGGCCACAGAAGGAAUUUCGCCUGCUGCCCAAGUUAAAAUGACUCCUGGGUCAGGGCUUGAUCCCUCUCUGUUUUAUCAGGUCUUUCACACUGUCGAUAGGGACCGUCCGCGGGUUACACAUGAUGAAGCAUCUGUAGGUAAGUUGACGAUAGUGAGUCAAACAUUUUACAUCAGUGACACAUUUCCAGGACGUUAGGAAGACUGAUUUCACAGAGGACACGUCCUUUGAUGGCUCUGCCUUGUUCUUCUUGGGAAUCAGACACGGCUUCUGUUCAGUUCUCACUGCAGCUGACCUUUCAUACUGUGGGCACGGACCGAUGGUGAUUAUAUACAGGUUCAUGAUCUUUUUAUCCAUGUGCCAAAUGGGAGUAUGGAUUAGUUACUUCUCUUUGAAGCCAUAGGUGAACUGAAGUAUAAGUUAAAAAAGUGAUAGAAAACUUUUUGAAAAAGUUUAUUGAGCGUGUCCUAAGGGAGUGCUUUCACCAUAGUUUAGGCAUCAUUCCUUUGGUCAGCAUUUAUCCUGUGGGCAACACUUGAUUAGUCAUGCCAAGUCCUGCUUUAAGAACUUUUUGGAGAAUCUGGAGGCUUUCUCUUACAGCCAGGAUGCCUCCAAGGCCAGACAGAAGGCAUGCGGACUUGAUGACGGUGGAAGACGCAGCUUCUCUGCUGCGCCCUUAGCUCAGACCUUACGGUGUCACCAGUGAUCUGUGCUCCCUCUGUUGACAGGCUUUCCUAGCGCUGUUCUGCCCAGCUCCCUAACGGCCCUUCUCACCCUGAGCUACUUUGGUUAUGAUGGGACUAAUUUGGGCUUAUUUUUUAUCAGAUUUAAGUUUCUACCUAAUGAUUUUUAGAUAUUAACAAAACUGACCUCUAACAGGAGAGAGUUUCUGUCAGCCUAAUCCUGCUAUGUACUCUGCUACUUACCCGAACAGUGGUUUUGUUAACAAUGGUAAUGAAGUCUGUUACCUUGAACAGAGCCCCCAACACCAGCCUGGUGUUUGCAGUAUCUGCCAUGAUGACUCUGUGCUUAAUUUCAAAGGCCAUCUCGGGCUCACAGUCAAAGGGUGGUAAGUAAACUUAGUCACUACAGGCUUGAGAACAACAACAUCCAAUUCAACACCUAAUCUUAUGUGGUAAAGACCUCCGGUACAUCUGGAAACCACAGAUGUUUAAAAUUUGAAUUUUAAUAUAAAUGCUGACCGUGAGCUAGUGUCCUGCAAAGCCUGCCACCGGAAUCAAUCAAAUGACAAGUUAUGUUGGUUUUGACAGCAACCUCUGAGCAUUCAAACUGUAUUUCAGAUAUUCAGACCAGUCCACAGGAGCGCUCCCUUCGUUUUAUUUUUCUUGUGUUUGGCUUAAUCUUUAAUGAGAUUUUAGUCUAAUUAAUAGUACAUAAAGAUUUGAAACUGGAAAUUUACAUUUUUAACCAAGUUGGUAUGGCUGUACUCAUGUAAUUUUCUUCAGUCGAUAUGAGAACUGGGGAUUAAGUUAUGACUAAUGGGGGGGGGAGACUUUGCAUAUCUGGUGAUUCUUCAAUGUCAAUGGACAGGUUUGUUCUUACGUCACGGAGAGCACUAAUCAUGCAGUGCACAAUGAAAACUGGUGCCUCCCUUCAGGAUCGGGUUGGAAGAAUGCAUUUCUCUGGUGGUGGCAAGCUUGUGGGGAGGAGGCCUUAUUUCCGCAUUUUGUUAAACUAGGUAUAUUUGCUGACAGGGCUUCCGGAGAUACGCUGGUAGGUUUUUUUAAAAUGUAUAAUAAAAUCUGUGACUUUUGUACAGUC